AUCGGCUAACGCGCUUCCGUGCGAAGAAGGCGGAUCGCUCGCCGCGGCGGAGAGAGAGCAAAGAAACAGAGAAAAAAGGGGCGAUUUUUGCGGGUAAUUAUUAUAAUAGUGAGAAUAGCCAGUUUCCCACGAAGGAAUUAUUAGGAGCGGCGUUGGUUUGGUACAGUUGUGGAUGCAACCCCCAUCGCUAGUUUCUCUCACCGUUGACUCGGCUCUCCUCCACAUCGCCCACAUCACCGAUCUCUCGGCGAUCCCCGACCCCAUCCUCGUCGAGCUCUUCCUGAAAACCUUACAUGCAGGAAAGCUGACAGAGAAGAUUCUGAAGUUAUUCACGGCAACUGGUAACGAGGAGAUCCUUUUCUUUGUACAGUCCCUCAACAUCAAACAGAUCCUUACCCCAAUUCUUCCUACCAGGUGCUCCGAAAAAUUUUAGAGCUGCAGUUGAAAUCAGUUCCUUUAGUUGAAGACUAUCCUUUUCAAGUUGAGCUUUUUGGUUCCAGCAAGAUGUCUUUGAACAUUAAGGACAAUGAGGUUGAUAUCGUGAUUGCGGCACUCCGAUCUGAUCUCACUGCUUUCAUGGAGAAAUGGCGACCAUUUUUUUCCCGCUUCCACCUCAUAAUCAUCAAAGAUCCUGACAUGGAAGAGGACCUACAAAUACCCCCAGGCUUUGAUCAUCAGGUGUUCACAAAAUCUGAUAUGGCUCAGAUUCUGGGAGCCACUUCCAUCAACUUCUCCGGUCAUUCAUGCCGGUACUUUGGUUAUCUCAUCUCACGCAAGAAAUACAUUAUCUCCAUCGAUGAUGACUGUCUUCCUGCAAGGGACAAUACUGGCACCUUAGUCGAUGCUGUAGCACAGCACAUAGUGAAUCUUAAGACACCUGCCAC